GAGGAGGGAGAUUAUACAUUAACUCCUGCUGGCUGCGGGGACUCUCCAGUUGAUAGAAGACAAGACAGAGGGAUGCACUCAGAACAACACUGACAGCUCCCCCCCCCCCAGAAACGACAAAUGAAACCCAAGCGAAAAUCCACUUGACUGUUUUGACAACCCGGGAAUUUUUACGCACCGCAAAAGAGUAAAGAUAACGCUGCAGAGAUGAGUGUUGCGCGGUUCUGCGUGCUUCUGAAGGAUCCCCGCUCCUGAUACAGGGACCAAAGAGGACAAAACAAGCCUGUCCAUGAUAUUUUCAAAAAGAAGAUCGCAAAGUAUUCCCAAAUCUAAAUGGAAUUAGUUGAGUCUGAAGCCGUUUGUGAAAGGAACAGACAUGGUACAUGGGCACAGCUUCCAUCACGUUGUUGCAAGUCUCCUCAUACUUGGGUUGUCUGGGGCAACAAAGAAGGAUACAGCAGUGAAAAACAAUUCUGGAGUGAAGCCUGCAGGUCAAUGUGGAACGUGGGUGAAAGAAUCAGAAGGAGGGCUUUUCACAUCUCCCAAUUACCCGAACAAAUACCCCCCAGACACAGAGUGUGUUUACAUCCUUGAAGCCCCCCCAAGGCAGUGUAUUGAUCUACACUUUGAGGAGAAUUAUUCAAUCGAGUCCUCUUGGGAAUGUAAAUUUGACAACAUUGAGGUUCGGGAUGGACCGUUUGGCUUCUCUCCAAUGCUCGGACGGUAUUGCGGUCAGCACCACCCGCCUGAUAUCAGGAGUAGUGGCCGAUAUCUGUGGAUAAAAUUUGUUACAGAUGGUGAACUGGAAGCGGUGGGAUUUUCCGCAAAUUACAACUUCACUGCAGAUCCGGACUUUGCAGACUUAGGAGUACCCCCACCUCUGCCCUCCUGUCAGUAUGACAUGGUUGGUCCAGAAGGUAUCGUUGAGUCUCAUCAGAUCACCAGAGACGGGAAGGCUGGCGCCACCGAAGCCGUCGACUGUAAAUGGUACAUCCGUGCUCCGCCACGCUCUAAGAUCUACCUGCGUUUUCUCGACUAUGAGAUGGCCAAUUCCAAUGAAUGCAAGCGCAACUUUGUGGCAGUGUAUGACGGUGGCAGCUCGGUGGAAGAUCUGAAGAGCAAGUUCUGCUCCACGGUGGCCAAUGACAUCAUGCUGGUCUCCACACUGGGCGUCAUACGUAUGUGGGCAGACGAGGCCAGCCGGAAAAGUCGCUUCCGCAUCCUUUUCACGACCUACCAAGAACCUCCAUGUGAUGCAGAUGCCUUCUUCUGUCACAGUAACAUGUGCAUAAACAACACACUGGUGUGCAAUGGCGUGCAGAACUGUGUCUACCCCUGGGACGAGAACCAAUGUAAAGAGAAAAGGAAAGCAAACAUCCUGGACAACCUGAACAACACAAACGGGACCAUAAUUGGUGUCACUUGUUGCAUCGUCCUCAUUCUCCUCAUCGUCUCCGUCAUUGUCCAGAUCAAGCAGCCACGUAAAAAGUACAUCCUGCGGCGUGAGGACUUUGACCCCACCAUGUUUCAAGAGGUCUUUGAGCCACCUCACUAUGAGCUGUGUACUUUACGUAGUGCCACCACAGCAGCGGCAGCCUCAGCAGACUUAGUUGACCUGGCGGAAGACUUCGAGAACUACCACGCCCUUCGACGUGCCUCCUCACGCUGCGUCCAUGAUCACCACUGUGGUUCAUCCUCCAACCCCGGCUCAGCCCACAUAUCCCAGCUGUCUCUCAGUGGACGAGGAAGCCGUGGAAACUUGAGCGCUCGUGACGCAGCGGCCGCCACUCUGCUCACAGACCUUCCACAGCCGCCUAUGGCAGUGCGGCCCUUGCUGCCAGCCACGGGAAACCGCAGGAGCAUUUUGGUCAUGAAGCACAGCUACUCACAAGAGGCAGCGGACAAUGGAUGUGACCUGGAUGAUGACCUGGAAGAAGUUCCCACCACCAGCCACCGGCUUUCACGCCACGAGAAGGCAGUACAGCGACUUCUUGAGAAUAGUGCAAUCCUGGAUCAGUACGAACGGGCGUCACUGACAUAUGAAAAAGCGGAGCGAAGAUUUACACCAGCAUGAUGCUGCUGAUGAUGAUGAAGGGACACUUUGACGAAAAGGAUAUUAAAUAUGUAUUCAUGUGCAAAGAUGAACACAAAGGACUAGAUGAAAAUACUCCAGCUGCUAUGCUGUGAACAGGGGAAGUUAUGAAAAUCAGUCAGCUCUAUACUGUACGUACUGUAGUCAAUCCAGAUUUUUUUGUCUCAGUGGAAAGAUAUAGAUCUUUAGAUGAAAAUGAUUACUGAAGUGAAUUUGGGAUGAUAGUCAGAAACAUUGUCAUUGUCAUAGAUUCCUCACUGAUAACAAAAUUAAUGUGAUCAAACAUUUUCAAUUUACUUUUUAAGCAUGCAUUUUUCUAAUUAGUAGCAUACAUAUUAUGAUUUUAAUAGCAAAUUAUAGAUGCUUGCCGUUUGUCAAAUUUAAGAUAAUAUAUUUUGUUUUAUUAGUGAAAAUUGGAAUUGAACUCAAUCUAAUUACUAACAUAAUCCAAUUUAAUAUUGUUGAAAUAUCCAAAGGCAAUUUAAUUUGAAUAACAAUAUAAGGCCCAGGUGUAUGGCUUAUGCAUGCUUCUUUUAUAUCCAUUAAAACAUUAACAUACUAACAUUAAAAUAUGAAAGUCCCCCAUCUACUAAUACAUGAGUCAUAUGGACAUAAGAAAUGGGAAAAAAGCCUCGUUGAAAUUAAUUAAUUGCAUUGCAUGCUGUUGCUUAGCUAAAUCAUUAGGUACAAGGCACUGCUCAAAUAAAUUUCACCAUUUUCAUUUUAUCACAGACUAACUUUUUGACAGGCAUCUUUUCUUUGAAAAAGAGUCCUUUUUCUUUGUCAAACAUAUUUACUUCAAGUCUGUUUGUCUUCUAACUGUCUUCUACUGUAGAAGCUUAAUAUCUUUGUAUUAAAUCAGACUUUUCUACUAGGGCAAAUUGAAAAGAUGAUUUUUAACGUUAUCAAAUUAUCU